CAUCGUGAUGGCUGCAUUCUUGGUGAUUCUCCGUUCUUCGCAUCAGUGCCUUCUGGAGGAGUUGGGUGUGGAAGUGGUUAUCGCUAUAGCUCCAAUGAUGAGUUCAAACAGGCAGUUUGCUUCAGAGAGAUAGAAGAUGUUGCAUCUUUGGAGGAGAAGUUGGGCAGGGCAUUGUCAAAGCAGGAAAGGAGUAGGAUAGGCGUGAGCAAACUUAGGCUUUUUCUGGAAGAAUUACUCCAAAAGAGGUAUAUAAGUAAUGUACCUUUGAUCAUUCCACUUCUCGAGAAGGAGUACUGGACUGUGACAAGGAAAUUAAGUGACAUUAAUCAAGAAUUGAGCACACUUGAUGAAGCCAAACUGAAGGAGAAAGGAAGAGCCUUCCAUGAUAUGUUCUUGACCAAGCUGUCAUUGUUGCUUAAAGGGACAGUUGUUGCACCUCCUGAUAAGUUCGGUGAAACACUGCAAGACGAGCGAAUUAAUGGAGGUGCAUUUAUCGGAGCUGAUGGUGUUCAGUUCCCUCACAAGCUAAUACCUAAUGCAGGGAUGCGUCUUUAUGGUGGUGCACAAUAUCAUCGGGCAAUGGGUGAAUUUCGUUUUGUGGUUGGAGGAAUCAAGUGUCCCCCAAUUACUCGGGAAGAAAUUGUAAAUGCAUGUGGAGUUGAAGAUAUUCAUGAUGGAACAAACUACUCUAGGACUGCUUGUGUAAUUGCUGUUGCAAAGGCUCGUGACACAUUUGAACCUUUUCUUCAUCAGUUGGGGUCCAGGCUGUUGUAUAUACUUAAGAGAUUGCUUCCGAUCUCUGUUUUUCUUCUUCAGAAAGAUUGUGAAUAUCUAAGUGGCCAUGAGGUGUUCCUCAGGCGUGCUGCCUCUGCCUUCAACAACUUUGCAGAAUCUACUGAAAAAUCAUGCCGUGAAAAAUGUAUGGAGGACUUGGUGAGCACCACACGGUAUGUUUCAUGGCCUCUCCACAAUAAGAGUCGGGCUGGGUUACGUCUGUUCUUAGAUUCUUUUGGUGGAACAGAACAUUCCAAUGCUUGUAAUAAUCCUACAUCAACUGUUCUAUCACAAACAAGUGCGCAUGAGAAAGAAGACACAAAGUCACAACCGGAUGUAAAACUCUGCCAUGUAGCCUCUGGCACUGAUUCUAGCUCAUCCAUUCAGACAACAGAAACAAAGCUUGCUGAUCUUCUGGAUAGUACACUCUGGAAUAGGAGGCUUGCACCUUCAUCUGAAAGAAUUGUUUAUGGCUUGGUACAACAGAUAUUUCAUGGCAUUAGAGAAUAUUUCUUGGUUUCCACAGAGUUAAAGUUCAAUUGUUUCCUUUUGAUGCCCAUUGUGGACAAAUUGCCUGCACUUCUCCGGGAAGACCUAGAAUCUGCUUUUCAAGAUGACCUGGAUAAUGUUUUUGACAUAACCAAUAUGCAGCACUCAUUUGGGCAGCAAAAGAGAGAGACAGAAAUUGAACUGAAAAGGGUAUUUCUUAAUUCAUAUAACAUGGUUUUCUCUUGAACAAUUUCCAGAUAUGCCAACUUUCUCUUUGUUGUCCAUAAUGCUAAACUUUUUAUGCUUGAAUGG